AUUCAUUAAUCACGACAAAAUUCCACAACCCUUGGUGUGAUACCGUUGUAAUUUGUCUUGAUGGAAAAAUGAACUGUGAAUUGUUUACGUAGCUAGAUUCUUCUCAAUCGGUUUAUAGAAACAAGACCUAGUUUUCAAAAACUGCCAUUGCAUGAUGGGAAAUUUCAAUGGCGGCGCCCUUACUAAAUUCUUUCGCAGCAUAAAUAUCGUCAAAAGUGAUGAUUAUUUCCAAUUUCGGAGCAGGGAGCUGGAUACAUCACAAAUAAAGUUCAAGUUCCAAUGACGGCACAUGGAAUUUCUCUCUUAAUAUUUUGACUUUAAGUACAUACUUGUCAUCAUGCCUUCGUCAGUGAAAGUGAUCGUUAAGGAACCAGAUGUUCUGAAACUUGUGUUGGACUUCUUGAGUUCAAGGGAGUUGUACAUGUCCAUGAGAUCACUGGAGCGGGAAAGUGGAGUCGUUAAUGGAUUGUUCUCCGAUGAUGCACUCUUUCUGAGAAACCUUAUCUUAGAUGGACAGUGGGAUGAUGUCUUGGAGUUCAUUCAGCCCUUGGAGAGCAUCGAGAGUUUCGAUAUUAAAAGUUUUCGUUUUCUGGUUCUGAAGCACAAGUUCCUUGAGAUGCUCUGCAUGAAAGAUGAGGAUUUACAACAUCUUCAGAUGGAGUUCUCCAUCGAUGAGGUGGUGUCGUGCCUGAAUGAACUAGAACCCCACUGCCCUAAUAAGGAAGACUACAGCAAUUUGUGUUUGCUACUCACCUUGCCACGGUUGACUGAUCACGCUGCUUAUAAGAACUGGAACCCUAGCAAUGCUCGCGUGCAGUGUUUCCAAGAUGUCUACCCCCUGGUUGCAAGGUUCCUCCCGGCCGAUAAGAACUUGGAGAUCAGCGAUCACACAGCGAGCAAAGAUCGCCUCGUUCAGCUCCUCGUCAAGGGUCUGGUCUUUGAAUCCUGCGUGGAUUUCUGUCAACAGAGGGCCACAGCUAAGGAUGUCCAGUAUUCCACACUUCAAGGGAUACUGACUGGCUCCGAUGCGGAUGAUGCAGAUCUGAGCCUGUUGUCGUGGUUGCAGAGCAUCCCUCCAGCAACCUUCAGUUGCCCCUUUGAGCAGAAGUCACUUGAUGUCGCCGUCGAGCAGAUCAGCAAACCCAGCGCCUCGUGGACGGAGCAGAUUAUGACUCCGAUGACGCCUACGCCGAGCAGUAAACAGCGAGGCUACCCUUCCCCGUCGCCAACCACACCCAUCUUAUACCGCAACAGACCCUGGUCGGCAGGUUCCUCCCGAGGCUUAUCCCAGUCGCUCACCCCGACCUUGGAGGCAGUACUCCUCUCUCAGGGGAAGAAGAAAGAAGACAGUCCUGGUCAGGAGGUUAACAUGAUGUCACGUUCCAUGGGGAACGUUCAUCUAUCAGGAGGGAUGUCGGGGAGUUCGAUGAAUACUCUGGCGCCCGUAGCUGAAGAUGUAGAGAGACCGCCAAGCCAAUCAAUGAAAUUAAAGAGUCCGCAGAAGACAGGAAACCAGACUUUACCAGCCGCUCAGCCCAUGACGCAACGUUCUCAAGAUCCUGGGAACUCAAGUUCUGACGUCUACGCUGAGUUUGUUGCCUCUAAAGCGUUAUUCCAGCAGGAUUUGGAGCGUCAGGAGAAACACCGGCAGCAACUACAGCAACUUCUACACAGCGAGGGCGCCGCAGGAGAUGCGCAGCGUCUGCACAGUAAUAUGGGAAGCGGAGAUAGUCUGGCGUCUCAAUCCAAACUGUCACCUGAUGCUGGUGUUGUGAAUAACAAAGGAAAUCAGGCCACACCCGUGUUUCUCCCCCUCCAUAUGCAACAACGUCACCCAGCCAACGUUCAUUCCAGUACCCCCAAGACCAAUCGCUUUGACCCCACGGUCACACCGGAACCAGAAGCUUCCCCAGUCUUGGCUAAAACUAAGUUCACCUACCCUCACUCCUAUACCUACAACUCCCGAGGUGACUCGACUGAGGAAGCCGCAAGCGUCGAUCCCGUCCGCAGGCUCGAAACCUCUCUGGGAGAAGUGUUAGCGCCUGGCGGCAAUUUGAUGAACGUUACAUAUCUGAGUCCUAGCCUCAACCAUGUGAAAGGGAACAGUGACGUUGCCGCGGAUCAGGCCAGGCCAAACAGAUUUCCAGCUCAGGAAGCCGAACGCGAUCCCAGAAACUUACCGAAUGAGAAUCCGGCUAGAAGUCUGAGUAGCUUGCCAAGGGACUCAGACAGGACAGCGCCUCGCUAUGUGGCUGUGACUACCCUAGAGGAUGUGCAGGCAAUACGAGCGGUGGCCUUUGACCCCACUGGAUCCUUGUAUGCUGUGGGGGCUAACUCUAAGACCCUUCGUAUCUGCUCCUACCCUGACGUGUCGCAUGUUACUGAGGAUGAACCCAAGCAACCCACAGUAUUAUUCAAACGCACCAGGCAUCACAAAGGGUCCAUCUACUGUGUCGGGUGGAGCCCCUCUGGUAAUCUAAUAGCCACAGGUUCCAAUGAUAAGUUCAUCAAGCUGCUGCGGUUUGAUCCACAGAAGUGCAACGCAGAUGGCCCUGAUAUCGACAUGACGAUGCACGACGGUACAGUCCGUGAUUUAGUCUUUCAGCCAGAGAGUACUCACGGCACUGUGUUGGUCAGCGGUGGUGCCGGUGAUUGUAGCAUCUAUGUCACCGAUUGUGGUCGGGCGCAGACCAUCCAUGCAAUGGCAGGACACUCGGGCCAUGUGUUGUCACUCUACUGCUGGGGUGCUCAUAUGCUAGUCUCUGGAUCUCAGGAUAACACAGUCCGUCUAUGGGAUCUACGGACUCCUCGCUGUAUACAGGUUAUCGGUACACCCGGCUCGGACUCUGGCCAAGGCACAGCUGCAGCCACAGUUUGCGUGGACCCGUCCGGCCGAUUACUAGCCUCUGGUCAUGAGGAUAACUCCUGCCUGUUAUACGACAUUCACGGCGGACGCGUCGUGCAGACGUAUCAAAAACACAAAGGAGAAGUUCGUUCAAUGAGGUUCUCUCCUGAAGCACUGUAUUUGAUGUCUGGAUCGUACGAUGGGACAGUGCUGAUCAGUGAUUUACAAGGUGAUCUCACCAAACCCUUACCAAGCUCAGUAGCAGCCGAACACAACGACAAGGUCAUUCAGUGUCGCUGGCAUCCAACUGACUUCACUUUCCUGAGUUCUAGCGCUGAUCGGACUGUCUCCUUGUGGGCACCUCUGCAACACUAGGUUCGUUAUUAGACAAUCAAACAAAUGUAAAGCGCGGAAUGGAAUAGUAGGUCAAUUCUGCACUCUCAUGUAAGUUGUGUGUGAAGCUAACAGCAUGAUACAAUGUGCAAAAUUGAACCUGCCCCCAAGCUAUCCAACUGCAUAAUGUCACCUUGUCAGAGUUGGAAUCAAAUCACUCAUUAGUCAAUUGAUUGUCCAUCACAAGUCAAUCACACGUCAAUCACACGUCAGUUACAUGUCAGUUACAUGUCAAUCAAAUGUCCAUCCUAUGUCAGUCACAUGUCAAUCAAAUGUCCACCACAAAACAAGUCAAUCACAUGUCAAUCACAUGUCAGUCACAUGUCAAUCAAAUGUCCAUCAUAUGUCAGUCACAUGUCAAUCA